AAAGAAAAAAAGUCGCAGCAAGCCGUCAGUUUGUAGACGUCAAGCGGAGCAUCACUUUUCGCCCGUGCGCAGUUUUGCUUCGGCGCUUUGAGGUUAGUUUUGAUUGACUGAGAGGCAUGAACCAGCAACAACUGCUGCAACAGCAGCAUCAACAACAGCAGCAGCGGCGACGCCAAUCGCUGCUCACCAAAAGUGUCCAGGAGGAGUAUCUAAUUAAUCAGGUCAAACUGCAUCCGGUGCUGUAUGACAAAUCGCUGAAGGCCUAUCGGAAACCCGGGGCAACGGACAAUGCAUGGGUGGAUAUUGCCGACGUUCUCGGCGUGAGAGUGGAGGAUUGCAAAAAGCGAUGGAAAAGUUUACGGGACACAUUUAUCAAGUACUUUCGUCAAGAAAUUCUGGCGACCACCAUGCCGAAUCUCAAGCGUAAGAAAUGGGUCUACUAUGAGCAGAUGAGCUUUCUGCGUGGUCACGUUGAGCUUUACGGAAUUUCAGAGACCGACUCUGCCAGCGAUAAGGAAACUGUUGUACCGGAAUCCACUCGCACCAUUCAUUUCCAGGAAUACGUCACCACCGAUCAGUCGGAGUAUCUAACGUGUGACGAAGGUGUCGAAGAGCAGUACGACGACGGUAAUACCGAAUACAUCUACGAAGAAGUCGAAGAAGCUCCAGCUGCAACGUUCGCAAUCGCAGCAAAAGAAAAUCACAUGGAAAACAUAGAGGGCGACCAAGAAGCGAUGUCAACCACUAUGAUCGAAGAGGGACAUGAGUUGGAUCUGAGUCAGGAGGAGGAGGUAGUUGGUGAGGCCAUAACCCUCUCGAAGGUAGAACCAACGGAGAAAAUGUCGGAAAUCACAUGCCAAGCGGCUUCCAUUACCGAUCCAGAUGAAAGAUUUCUGCUGAGUUGUGCACCUGUACUCAAAAGGUUGUCGACGCAAAAGAAUGCUCUGUUGAAGCUCAAAAUCCAGCAACUACUGUACGAGGUCGAAUUUGGUGAUAGCGAUAUGGGUGGCGACAGCAAAAUGUUCAGAAUGUGAUAUGAUGGGCUCUAGUCAAAGAGGGAGAAGGGAAUGAUGACAAUGUAUUUAUUUUAGUGUAAAAAAGCUGUGUAAUAGAGAUGUACAUAUAAAUAAAUGGACUUUAAUUUAUUUGGUAUCUCUUGUUUAUAGUUGUGUCGCAGUCCAUUUUUGUUUGAUGUUCUUCCCUUAGGUGAGAGAUA